AAGACACGCAGCCGCAGGACAUGACAGUCGAGUCACCCAGCGUACUGCGCAUCCCCAGGGCUAAUAACGUCUGCCUAUAUAUUUUCUGACUCGCACAAUCUCUCUGACUCUAAUCUAACACGAUGAACUAUCGGAUCGGCACUCCUGCCUCUUCAUCCCAUCACAGGUCGUGGGCUGUGCACAGCGCACAAUCUGGCUCCAGUGGCCAAGCCUUCCAAGGCCACUGGUCUGCGCUCCCGGGUUCAUCCACAUCUCCGUCCGCGAUCCCAAACGCACCACUUCUCCAUCCAGUUUCACUCCCACACCCCAAUGCAGCCUCGCAUCAAUCCCCUAUGUCAUACCAACAUUCUUCUACAUCCCACUCUUCAUUCAUAGUCUUGCACUCACUCUUGAGUUAUGGUCCGAAUUUGAGAUUUAACAUCACACAAGACCUUGCACAUGUGCAACUGCGACCGGGCUGUUCACCUACCAUGCUUCAGGAGCUUGCGGUGCAACCGCCAGUCUCUCAUAUGAUCAUUACCAUUCCUGAGCUUUGCGCUUGGACGAUAGAGGUUGUGAACCCUCGGGGUAUCACUGUGAACAACGUCCUUGCGAUGAUACGUGAAACGCUCAACCGGAGUGUUGCUUCGCAUGAGAUGCAAAGAUCUUCUCGGGCGGUCAAUGCUGCUAUUGAUUCUUUCAGGGCGAGGUCCCGCGCUGACCCGCGCGAACAUGCGCAGGGCGUGAAACGCGUUGACUUUUUAGGCCCCAAAGUUUUCUUUGCAGGGCUCGCCAGAGCUCGAGAUGGGUCGGACAGCUGGGAAAUCCACUUUGCCCAGAAUGUUUGAUCCUCGCCGAGCGCGGGUUGCAUAGGCUAUUCCUUAUCUUUCGGCAUAUUGCAGCUGGGUAUAUCCAGUUCAGUUCGAAUGGAUUUUGGUCGGAUCUCGUUACUCAACUUGCACUGCCCGCUCUAACUUUACUUGGCAAUUUGCCGUCACCGCUCUCUUCUUUGCAUCUAUAUUCGACAGCCCCUAAUUUGUUUUUAUCGCUAUCUUUGCUCUA